GUUUUUAAAAAACAAGAAAACAGCAACUUGUUUUUUUUAACUGAUAAAGAGCACAUCUUAGAGUCUUGCAAAAAAGAAAAAGAGAAACUUAUUAAAACAAAUCAUUCUGCAACUCACAAAGCAAGCAUAUGAUAUUCUUGAAUUUGCAUGGCAAAUUUAAUUGUUGAUCCUAUCUUAAUGCUUAGACGUAUUCAAGCACACCAGAGUUAUAUCAAGCCAAUUUUAAAUAUCAAUGCCAAUAAUUCUAAAGGCUCAGUAAUGAAACCUCCGAAUAUUCUGGUAUACCAACCAAAAUCUAUUCAAAACUGUCCAAAAGAUUGUCUUACAGUUGCUGUAGAAAGAUGCCUCCCGUUAGAUAAGUUUGCUGUUUAUCGUUUACGAUAUGAAGAGGCUGCCAGUGCUCCAUGGAUGGACAAUUGCCAACUGUUAGUUGUACCAAGUACAGCAAGUAAAAAUGUUGACCUGGAUGAAUCUGAAAUUGUUUUGUUCGAAAAGUACCUUUCUUUACAUGGAAAGAUUCUUAGCUUUUCUUCGGAAGUUGCAAAAUAUUUUAAAUUCCAAACUCGCGACAUAGAACCUGUUGAUAAAUGCUGUUUCAUAGAUAAAUUUAACAAACCAUUUUCUGAAGCUCCCGUUUUAGAAUUCUGCGGGCGAGUGUUUCAAUCUUCUGAUAGUUUUCAAUCAGCGUCAAACAGUGUUGUAUUAUCUUCAAAAUUUAAUGAUUCCCAACUGGAUCCUGUUGCAAUAAUAUCAGUUCGAAAUGGUGGGAAAAUAUUGCAUUGCUCGCUGCCUUUGUUGACAUGCUGUGACUCAGGCAAGCAUUGUUGUCAAGAUUGCUCAGUGGAUGAAAAUAGCAAAGUUCUGUUGAAUUACUUUUUCCGGGAGUUGGAUAUUGCAACUAUGUCUGAAUUGAAUAUGUCAAUUCCAAAAGAGACACCAUGUGUUAUCCUAAGUAAAAAUCCUGAUGAACUGUCUGCAUUUUUUAAAGACUUGGAUAUUGUCCAUCCUGAAUCAUGUGUCUUGAAAGGCACUUCAACAAGCCUAAAAUUUAUGCAAGUCCAAGGUUUUACGAGUGAAUUGAUGCAGUCAUUGGUAUCAAGUAAUACCACAAACCCAUUCGUACCUGUCCUUCAUUGUCCGAGUCCUGAAUCCGCAUCAAAUUCAAUAAAUUUUGAUUGGAUAAAAUUCCAACAGAAUUUGAAAACAGAAAGAUUUGCGAAAACUAUUAUUUACUCAGAUGUUGUCACUUCUACAAUGGACAUUGUAGAACCUUUUACAGGGAAGAUGUUACAUAAAAAUGACAUUACUGUGACUUGUAUUUCUAAACAGCAAACUCAAGGUAAAGGGAGGGGUGGUAAUAAAUGGUUGAGUCCAAUUGGUACGGCCAUGUUUUCCCAUGUAUUGUCAGUAUCUAAAUGGUCAAAUUUGGGUCAACGUAUGUCUGUUUUGCAACAUUUGACAACUGUAUCUGUUGUUCACGCGAUACGUUCAAUUCCUGAGCUGAAUAACUUAGAUCUACGGGUAAAAUGGCCAAAUGAUAUUUACAUUGGAAGAGACAUUAAAAUUGGUGGUGUUUUGGUCAAGUCUACGAUGUUCAAUAACAAUCUGAUUGCGACGAUCGGUUGUGGAGUUAAUGUCAGCAAUGAUUUUCCAACCAAGUGUAUCAAUGAUGCUAUAAGAAUAGCAAAUAUUCCAUAUUCACCUUUAACAUGCGAAGAAGUUUUAGCACGAACAUUGUCAUGUUUAGAGGAUAUGAUAAACUCUUAUCAGGUAAAUGGGGCAGACGAAUUCCUAAAAUUAUAUUACAAAUACUGGAUACACAGCAAUCAAGAAAUUCAAAUUUCUCACCCAAGCAACAAAGUUUUUACUAAAGGUGUGAUAGUUGGGAUCGACAGCAGUGGGUUUUUAUGUGCCGAUCUCCAUGAUGGCAAAAGAAUUAGUCUUCAGCCAGACAGCAACAGUUUUGACAUGACUAAAAAUCUUAUAGCUAUGAAAUCAACACAUUGAUCCUGCAGAUGCUGAAAAAUGGCCUGUUAUUAUUGUUUAAUUAAUUUCAUAUUUUAUUACUUAUUUAUUACACUAUGACUAUGUACUGGAGCAUAUCAAUAGUGAAUGGCAUCCGUGAUUGGAUGUGCUAUUUUUCCUUAAUGACUGAAAAUAUUUGCUUGUAUUAAAUAUACCUCCGACACUCAGAGGUAGAAAUAAUGAACUGGCAGGGUUAUCAUUCUUAUUUUACGAACUAUAAGGCGCACUCUCUCCGUUUUAACUAAAAUCAAUUGUGCGAAUUAUAACCAGUGCAGGUGGCGGUACCACUGUUUCGCCCUUUUUUUGAAUAAAAUGAAAUAAAAAAUAUCAUGUUUAUUUUUUUAAUGAGCUCUGUACGGUAACCCGAA